GUAGUCCUCCAGGUUUUUGUAAUUCUCCUUUGCUGCAGGUUUUUAGGGGUCGUAGUGAUGAUUGUUGUGAGGUUUCUAUUUGUUUUGAUGGUGCUUGGGAUAAGGUUAUUCAUUGUGCGGGUGCUGGUUGGUGUGAGGUGGAGUCUUCUGAUAUUCAUCUGGUGCAUGGUGGGGCUCGUGCCUGUAUUGCUAAUUCGGCUCUUCAGGCUGAGCUUAUGGCCUGUUUGUUUGCUUUGAAGCAUGCUAUUCGUCACGGUGUUUAUCGGGUCUUGCUUCUUACGGAUUGCUCAGGAAUCUCCCGUUUAUUGUUGGGUCCUGGUAUUGCUGAUAUUUCUGUGGCUUGGGUUAUUAAAGAUAUUCGGGCAUUGUUGGAAUCUUUUGUAGUUUGUCAUAUGUGUAAGGUGCCUAGGGCUGUUGUUUCUCAGGCUCAUGAUCUUGCUGGAGCGGCUCGACGAAGGGAGUUACUGUCUUUUGUUUUUUAAUUUUGGUUGUUCUUUGUUUUGUGUUCUUCUUGUCAAAAAAAAAAAAAAAAAAAACCCCACUUUUCACUCAUUUUUGUUGUCUCUUUCCUCUCUACAUUCACAGUAUUUGUCCACUCUCUUUGCCGGCCCGAAGAGGAGCCAAAAAGCAAACGAAAUUCCGGAAUUUAAAUCAAAUUCCACCAAUUCAUCUUAUACCCGCCUCCAAUUCUGAUUGUUCUGCGGUGUGGGUUUUAAGUUGUCAAACAUGGUUAGCAAUCUAAGUUUGGGAGAUGGAAUGAUGAUAUUGGAUGAGGCAUUUUCGAGAACAAGGAAGAUUAUGGAAGGAUAUUCUAAUGUUAAGUUCAGUGCAGAGGAGUACCAGAAAUUUUAUGAAUGUGUUUACCUGCUGUGUGUCCAGAGGACUUCUUUUGACAAUUCCAGGAUGCUCUACGAACGAUAUCAGAAUGGUUUAGAAGAAUGCAUCUACUCAUUGGUCCUUCCAUCGUUGGAAGAUAAAAAUGAUGCUGCUCUCUUGACUGAGCUUGUGGUGAAAUGGUCUAAUUAUCAAUUGAUAGCUAGGUGGCUGUCUAGAUUCUUUUGUUACCUUGACCGUUUUUAUAUCCCCCGUGUUGGAGCUUUUGGCCUUUUGGAGCUAGCUAUUAGAUGCUUUCACAAUCUGGUGAAUUCAAGGUGUAAUAGUAAAUUAGUUCCUGCUGCAAUAGCAUUGAUUAAUCAGGAUCGCAAUGGAGAGAAGAUUGAUAGUAACAUACUUAAGAAUGUUGUGGAGUACUUUGACAUUGUAAGAACAGUAGGAGGAACCUGCUAUGAUGAAUUUGAAAAGGCCUUGCUUGCAGAUUCUGUUGCUCACUAUUCUCAAGUUGCUUCACAUGGGCUUUUGAAUGAUUCAUGGGGUGAUUAUACAUAUAAGGUGCAAUGGUGCCUAAAUCAGGAAUCUGAAAGAUCUAGUCAAUUUCUCAACCCAACUUUAAGAGAUAAGCUUCUGCAGGUGGUCAAGUCUUGCUUAGUCGAUCAGGUUGUUACAAAGUUUGCUGAGAAGCAAAGGGCUGAAAACCAGGGCAAGUCAGCAGAUUAUCAGGAUCUGCUGUCUAAAUGUGCUGAUCUCAAUCUUGGGGAUCCUGGUACGGAUCAAAGCUGGAAUAUGGUGCGACAGCCUUGAUGUUAGUCGGAACUCGGAAGUAACAUAUAGUGCAAGAGCUUGAGAUUCCUCCAUACAGUGAUAUCACCAUUUUUUCUGACCGAUAUUUUAGGGUAGUAAUACACAAUAGAAUUAUGUUUAAGAUGCUAGAUAGUUACUGCAGGACUCUUGUAGACAUCCUGUCGCCUGUGACUGUAUGCCUGUAUAUAUAAUGUGUUUCAACAUUAAUAUCUUGUCCAUGUCUAGUUUCUUCAAUCUCCAAAAAUGCUAGAUUUCUUAUUUAGUUUGUCCUAUAGUAUCCGCAAUCAUUUUCCUAAUUUAGUAUGUCAAAAUUGCAAUUCU